AUGCGUAAUUCGGAUUGCAAUAAUCACAAUCCACAUACAUAUCGUCAUAGUCGAACAACAUCAUCACCAUCAUCAAGUGGUCAUACAACAUCAUUAUUACCAACUACACAUCAAUAUAGCAAAUCGGGUUGGACGUAUGCUCUUAAUCCAUGUGGUGUGGAAUGUUCAAGAAGAAAUGAAGAUGCUGGUUCGAAUUUGCAUACAGUUACAAAAAUGAAAACAACAUCACUUCCAAAAUCCAAAGUACCAAUUAGUAUCCGGCACAAUGAUUUAGAUUAUACAACUGAAAGUUCAAGUAUUACAUCCAGUACGACAAUUAGUGAAAAUUUGCAUCGACAACUGAUCAACGUGCCAUUCAUCACUACUACAAGUGAUAUAACAUCAGAUGGAUCCAGUGCUGCAGAUGUAAAGACAUCAAUUGGCGCUCCUACAAAUGUCCAAUAUCUGUGCGCAAAUGGAACACAAAAGAAUUCUGAGGAUUCUAUAAAUUCUAUAAGACGGACGGCAUCAUUUACGUUUAGUCCCAAAGGAUGUUUAGAUAAGGUAAAUCAAAGACUACAUGUGCAGGAUAUCGAAGUAAAGAGGAGAUUUAGCAGGUUCGCGAAAACAUUGGAUUUCAUUAGGAGUAAGAUGGAUUCUUGUAGUACAUCAACGCUUUAUCCUUCCAAGGAAGAGAUUAUCCAAUGGCAAGAUUCAUUCGAACGUUUGUUGAAUCACAAAUAUGGUUGUCUGUUGUUUCGGACAUUUUUGAAAGGAGAAUUCAGCGAUGAAAAUGUUGAUUUUUGGAUUGAAUGUGAAGAAUUUCGAAAGAUGAAAGAAGGAAAAAAAUCGACAAUUCAAAAAGCGCAUUCUAUAUAUAGUAAAUACAUUGCUGAACAAUCACCAAAAGAGGUUAAUUUAGAUAGUGAUACGCGCGCAGCAACAAAAGCAGCUCUGGAAAAUGGCGCCAAGCCAAAUAUGUUUUCGUUAGCGCAAACUAGAAUUGAACAAUUAAUGGCAAAAGAUAGUUAUAGGCGAUUUUUGAAAUCAAAACUAUUCCUGGAUUUAUUAACGAACGGUGCCAGUACUUCAAACAGCGGUAAAGCGUUACAGAAAGAAAAUGAAUAUGAGCAUCAGUAG